AUGUGGGGUCUGGGGUUCACUAUUGCUGUUGUACUGGCCCUAGCCUUCAUUGAGACACCCUCCUCUCUGACCUACACCUCGGACAUUCGUUUCAAACCCAAGCCCUGGGAGCCACCCUGUGGACUGACGGAGGGGAUUGAGGUGGUCUGCCUUUGUAUCUUCAUCCUAGAUUUCACUGUGAAGAGUUAUCUGAUAGGAUGGGAGGAGUUUCGUAUGAACAAAUGGCUGAUUGGUUAUAUAGUAGUGAUUACAGCAUCAGUUAUUGAUUGGAUGUUGAGUGUUAGCAUGGCAUGCAAUGAGAAUUUAAGAGUCAGGAGACUAAUUCGACCAUUUUUCCUCUUGCAAAACUCCUCCCUGAUGAAGAAAACUCUAAAAUGUAUCAAAAAGACUCUUCCAGAAAUAGCAAGUGUUAUCCUGCUUUUGGCAUUACACCUCUGCUUAUUCACCAUGAUUGGAAUGCUGAUCUUUUCCAAAUCAGAUGACCCUAAGAAGAAUGGAGAAUGGGAAACCUACUUCAAAAACCUGCCAAAGUCCCUGUCUUCUCUGCUAGUGCUGCUAACAACAGCCAAUAACCCUGACGUCAUGAUUCCAGCAUACUCUCUGAACCGUGGCUAUUCUAUAUUUUUUAUACUCUUUAGUGUGUUUGGAACGUAUUUGUUAAUGAAUCUAAUGACGGCUAUUAUUUAUAACCAGUUCAGGGGAUAUUUACUGAUGUCGGUUCAGACGUCUAUAAUCAGGAGGCGUCUGGGUAUUCGGGCUGCUUUCGAGGUGCUGUGCUGUCCAGGCCGAGGGCACACUAGCACUCAGUCUGAAGGCCAUGUGGAGCGAGUGGCAGUGAACAUGUUUCUUCAGGUCAUGGAUAGAGUCCACAUGAAGUCUUACUGCAGACAGGCUAUCAUUAAGGCAGGACCUUAUUGUCACUUUCAAUUUAAUUCUGAAUUUAUCUUUGGUGUCAACAGAUGCAUUGACUGUUCUGUUUUUGUCUUUUCCCUGCAGCAUCCACCAAAACCAGAGUACAGUUCUCCUGUCCUACAGCUUAUCCAGUAUAUCUACAGUCACUUUUAUAUUACUAUACUGGGGAACGUUGUUGCUCUGGCUAAUGUCAUCUGUAUCUGUACUGUCUUGGUUCUGAAUUCAGAGAAAUCUGCCUCCGAGAAAAAUAACUUCUAUAUGGAGAUCCUCAACUGUAUUUUCAUCCUGUACUAUUUAAUAGAGAUGCUGCUGAAAAUAGUGGCUUUUGGUUGGAGAGGUUACCUGUCUUACAGGAAUAACAUUUUUGAUGGAUUCCUCACUGUUCUUCUUCUGGCAAUUCAGAUUGCCAUAUUCAUCAUGUACAGGAUUCCAUAUGAGGACGUGGAUCCGGUUCCACAACGUGUGAUGGCUUUGUGGGAGAUGGUGCGACUGGUCAACAUGUUGAUUGUUUUCCGUUUCCUCAGGAUAAUUCCAGAAAUCAAGUUGAUGGCCGUGGUGGCCAGCACUCUUGUGGACCUGGUGAAAAACUUGCGGGCAUUUGCUGGCAUUCUAUUGGUGGUGUACUAUGUGUUUGCAGUUCUUGGUACCUGGCUUUUCCAGGGAGCUAUAACCCCUCCAUCAAACAUGAGUCUAAUCUCCGACUCCAGCACAGAGAACAAAACGGGGGGUCCCUUCAGCAUGGAUUGUGGCACUUUUGAACAGCUGGAGUACUGGCCAAACAACUUUGAUGAUUUUGCUUCCUCUCUGGUUCUGCUCUAUAACAUCAUGGUGGUGAAUAACUGGCACGUUUUCACGGACGCAUACACCAGAUACACUACGGAGUGGUCCUUGGUGUAUUUUGUGGCCUGGUGGUUGACAUCUUCAGUCAUGUGGGUCAACCUAUUUGUGGCACUCAUUUUGGAGAACUUCACCUAUAAGUGGGACCGCAGUAACGCUCUCUCUGUUGAGGAUGUGGAGAGAAUUGCCUAUCAAAGCACUGUACAGCUUAUGUUCAGAGAGCACGUCCAAGAGCCGACAGAAGAAGAGUUACUAGCUCAACUACAACAACAUCCUCAUCUGCACCUCUCCUGGUGACCCUAAACUCAUCCCCCCUCACCUCCAGCUCACGGGACGUCUUUAAUACAUAAUUACACCAAAACACCCAGAAUCCUUCAGGACUCCAUCACGUCUGUGUAGGCCUUAUGUUUACAUAUCCAUCCAUUUUGGAGGGGCUGUUUCCCAUUAUAGGAUCUGUGUUGCUUCAGGUCGGCCUGGGAAAGGAUGUAUGUGUUUUUAACAGAGCGUCACACUGUUUGGAGGAACUUCAAUUUAUAAAGAGGCUUUAGUUCAAGUCACUUCUGCUGCUGGAGUCCCAGAGUUUUUGUUGUAUACUCAAGACAACCUGUAAAUUUCAGCAGUGUUCAUGAUGUAGUAUCAGUACCAAAGUUUUUGAUUUACGCUAAUGUCUGGAAGGAAUUCAUUUUUUGAGUUUGAAAGUCUUUUUUUUUUGUUUUUUGAGAAACCAAACACAUUUUUGUCCUGCAUUUUAUGAUAUCAAUAAUUGUAUUUAUUUUUGUAAGCCUGUUACAAUAAAAAAA